AUGGAGGGUUCGGAGCUUUUGAAGUACUAAUUAAAUUUAAUGGCAAAUGAUCAACCUAGUAUUGGGUUUAAUGUAUUUUUUCACGAAUAGUUCUUUAAUGCUGGGACUUCUAGUUCAAAGAAAAAUUUAGAAUAGACAGAAAAAAUAAUUGAAUAAUGGAAAAAAUUAACAGAUGAAGAUAAAAUGUAAUGGUAAUAAAAAGAGGAAGAGCUAAAGAAUUAAAUAAAGAAUAAAAAUAGCUAAAAAUCAAAGUAAAGUUAAACUCGUUAGGAUAAUCAAAACCGCUCAAAAUCAAAUGGAAAUGUUUAAGAACACAAAGCAAUUGAGGAAAUUUAAAAUAGUAUUUAAUCAUUGAAAUUUGAUGAAGCCAAAUAAAAUUAUAAAAAAAGAAUAUCCGAAAAAUUAUAAGAAGUAAAGGAUAUAAAUGAUUAAAAUGAAGAUAAGCAUGUUGAAAAAGAUGAAAAAAUACAAUAAUAACAAAAUAAUAAAAAAAAUACUUCAAGAAAGAAAAAGGAAAGUUUAGAUAAAGAGGAUAAUGAUGAAGAUUAUGUGGUAGCAAUUAAAGAAAGUAAAAAAUCUAAUGCAAGACAAUCAAAACCAAGAACCAGUAGGACCAGACCAAAAUCUGGUUAAAAAUCAGGAUGUGGAAAAAGAAGAAUGUGA